AUGGUCUUGUUCCGCGUCCGCUUGAACUGUAUUGAUCACUAUCAAGCCUUGCCCAGUCGACAUGACCCCCAGCUGCGCAAUGACCUCCAGGCAUCCCUCUUGAAUGCGACCAAAGUCCCAGUAAUUCGAAUAUUUGGCUCGACGGAAUUUGGUCAAAAGGUUUGCGCCCAUGUGCAUGGCGUGUUUCCUUAUCUAUAUGUGGAGUAUGACGGGGACUUGAAUCAAGACGCAGUUGGAGCUUUCAUAUACCGCCUGCACCUCUCUAUCGACCAUGCGUUGGCCAUAAGCUACCGGCGUGAUCAAGAUGGAGACAAGGCCAAGUUUGUUGCGCGGAUCACCUUGGUGAAAGGGAUCCCCUUCUAUGGAUACGCUGUUGGCUAUAAGCCCUUCCUCAAGAUCUAUAUGUUCAAUCCUAUAGUGAUGACACGGCUAGCGGAUCUGCUUCAGCAGGGAGUUAUCUUGAAGCGGAAAUUUCAACCCUACGAGGCACACCUCCAGUAUCUCCUCCAGUUCAUGGUUGAUUACAACUUGUACGGGUGCGAUUACGUCGAGUCGUCGCAGACAUAUUUCAGAUCUCCGGUUCCUCCACGACACGAAGAUAACGCCACGUCCUGCCAGCUUUGGAAUGAAGGCACUGUCCCAGUGGGCUUCGUUACGGAUGAUCUCACGCUGCCGCGGCAGAGUUAUUGCUCGAUCGAAGUCGACAUUUCUGCCCAAAAUAUCAUCAACAGGGGAAAAAUCAAGGAACGACUGCUCCACCAAGACUUUUCUGAGUUUCUCAAUCCUCCGGCAGAAGAUGCCAAGCUAGUCUCAAGUAUGGCUGGACUUUGGAAGGCCGAGGCUCGAAGGCGUCAGCGUCAACUGCCACCCGGCCAUACACCUGCACAGCAUCUUGUCUCCUCUUUUCCGAGAGAGGCCCUUGUGUCAAUGUCGGCGGACUCUAGAUCGUCCCAGGCACACGCAUGGAUGCACGAGGAGGACUAUCGCCAGAAGGUGGAAAUCCUAAUCUCCAAAGAACAGGAAGAUUUCCACGGGUCUCAGUUGAGCCUAGGUACCUUUUUGGAACCUUUGCCUCAUGAAAGCUCCAUCAAAACCAGUCUGCAAUCUGUCGAGGACCUCCACCCGUCUAAUCUAUCGGCUGCACUUGGGCUUUCUCUAACCUCCGCGCGGCCAAAUGAGGAUCCCAGUAGCAACAUCGAGGUAGACGAAUCGAAGCUGCAGAUGUCUCAGAUAGAUGAAGAUGCCUGGCUCGCAGCAGCUUCAGAUGGUUCGGAUUUCGAGCAGGAGUCCGACAGGGAGCAUAGUGUACCAUCGGUGGAAAAAAUUGACGCGGCAUCGCCCAAAACUCCAAUGGCCGAAUCCACCGAGAAGCCCGAGGCUGCAAGGUUCGACGUCUGUUUUCUAGGAGUUGGCGCAAGCGGUCUUUUGACUGGCCGGGCCCCUCGACUUCCGUCACCAUUCAGGCUAGUUGAAGCUGCUCAGCGCAACCAACUUACUUAUCCACAUGACGAAAAGGCUGUAACUGGUCCAGAGAUCAGAACAGCAGGCAAACGAACAGCAUCAUUAUCAGAUGACAACACUGCUAAGAGGCUGAAGCAUGAUGUAACGUACCGGGGAAAAUCUUCGCCGCCUUCAGCAGCUGUGGAUGAAGCACGUUAUCGUCUCCAGCCACCGUCCGAUUUGCUACAACCUACCGAACUUUUCAAGGCCUCACAAAUCGAUCGAAUGAAGGCAAAGCCUGAAGCUUUCAGUCGCUUUAUGACAUAUGCUAUUCCUCCACCUUCUGUUGCCGAGGUCACUUUUCAAAGUGGGCGCAGCUAUCCAGACGUCAUAUACCAGGACGCUUUUUACAGCAAUGAGUCAGAUGUUCCAUUGCGACGGCGGGAGUAUGCCGGCAAGGAGUUUGAAUUACUUAGCAAUACCUUGCCAUUUCUACCUGAUUUCGAUCCAACAGGCAAGUCCGUCUCCGCUUGGAUUGACCGCGAUAACGAUACGAGCAUCCACCGUAAGGCCGACAUGUGGCAAGAUGACCAGCGAUUGAAGGAACGUUGCUCGUGGAGAGGCUGGGAGAUUGCCCAACUGCCCCCUUCUUACGACGAGGUUGCUAGGUGGUUGGUUCAGAAUGAGGCAACUGGCCCCAAAAGGGCCAAAGCAAGACUAAUCCGUCCAUGGCUCUCUCAGAUAGACGGCCCAACGCCAAGGACCAAACACAACUUUAGGUAUAGCCAGAAACAGCCCUCUUCGGCUGUUCCACAUGAGGCUCAGUACAUGAGCUCGAUGAGCCUCGAGAUCCACGUAAACACAAGGGGAAAUUUUGUCCCCAACCCUGAGGAAGACGAAAUCCAAUGCAUCUUUUGGCACUGGAAAGAUGACGAAGCAACGAGCAGCGCGACUCCUGGUCUGCCGGGUUCAUCUGAGUCUGGAAUAUUGGUUCUGUCGGUUGACAGUGCUCUAGGCGGGCGAAUCAGAAGUGCGGUGCCCGACGAAGUCGCUGAAGAGUCGUCAGAGUUAGAUCUGCUCAAUAAGAUGGUUGAGAUUGUCAGAUUCUAUGAUCCAGACAUACUGACUGGCUAUGAAGUCCAUGGAAGCUCGUGGGGCUAUCUGAUCGAACGGGCGAGGCUGAAGUACGACUAUGAUAUUUGCAGUGAAUUCUCCAGGAUGAAGACGCAAUCCAACGGGCGUUUUGGCAAGGAGAAUGAUCGAUGGGGCUUCAACACAACCUCGAGCAUUCGCGUAACAGGAAGGCACAUGAUCAACAUCUGGAGGGCAAUGCGUGGCGAAGUCAACCUCCUCCAAUAUACCAUGGAAAAUGUGGUGUGGCAUCUUUUGCACCGUCGGAUACCCCAUUAUCCAUGGAGAUCUCUCACAUCCUGGCAUCGCAGCGGCAAGCCGCAGGACUUGGUGAGACUCCUGAGAUACUACCGGACACGGACUCGACUAGACCUGGAGAUUCUUGAGUCCAACGAGCUCAUAUCGAGGACUAGCGAGCAGGCAAGGCUUCUAGGCGUCGACUUCUUUUCCGUCUUCUCCCGCGGCUCGCAGUUCAAAGUCGAGUCCAUCAUGUUUAGGAUCGCAAAGCCGGAAAACUUCAUGCUCGUCUCCCCGAGUCGCAAGCAAGUCGGCCAGCAAAAUGCUCUCGAGUGCUUACCGUUGGUGAUGGAGCCCCAGAGUGCCUUUUACAGCAGCCCUCUGGUUGUGCUUGACUUCCAGAGUCUCUACCCGAGCGUCAUGAUUGCUUACAACUAUUGUUACUCAACUUUCCUGGGGCGCAUCACGGACUGGCGCGGCAAGAGUAAGAUGGGCUUCUCCGAGUACAGACGGCAAGACGGGCUGUUGACUUUGUUGGCGAAGCACAUUAAUAUUGCGCCCAACGGCAUGAUGUAUGUGAAACCCGAGGUCCGAAAAUCCCUGCUGGCCAAGAUGUUGACGGAAAUCUUGGAGACGAGGAUCAUGGUCAAGAGCGGAAUGAAGCAGGACCGGGAUGACAAGACUCUGCAGCAGCUGCUGAACAAUCGACAGCUUGCGCUGAAGUUGCUCGCCAACGUGACCUACGGCUACACAUCGGCCUCGUUCUCGGGUCGUAUGCCGUGCUCAGAAAUUGCGGACAGCAUCGUGCAGACUGGUCGCGAGACGCUGGAGAGAGCCACUGCCUACAUCCAUUCAGUGGAGCGAUGGGGCGCUGAGGUGGUCUACGGCGAUACCGAUAGCCUUUUCAUCUACCUCAAGGGGCGAUCCAGGGAUGAGGCCUUCGCCAUAGGGCAGGAGAUUGCCCAGGCCAUCACGGAAAGGAACCCAAAGCCAGUCAAGCUCAAGUUCGAAAAAGUCUACCAUCCUUGUGUUCUGCUUGCCAAGAAACGCUACGUCGGGUACAAGUACGAGAGCAAGGAUCAGGUCAAGCCCGAGUUUGAUGCCAAAGGCAUAGAAACCGUCCGCCGUGACGGUACUCCGGCAGAGCAGAAGAUCGAGGAGAAGGCACUGAGGCUACUCUUUGAGACGGCAGAUCUGAGCCAGGUCAAGGACUACUUCCAGGAGCAGUGCAGGAAGGUGAUGGAUGGCAGAGUGUCGAUCCAGGACUUUUGCUUUGCCAAAGAAGUCCGCCUAGGUACCUAUUCUGAGCAUGGCCUACCACCUGCCGGGGCCAUGAUCAGCGCGAGAAAGAUGCUGCAAGACUCCAGAGCGGAGCCACAGUACGGCGAACGAGUUCCGUAUGUGGUGGUUACGGGAGCGCCGGGCGCUCGACUCAUCGACCGGUGUGUCUCGCCGGAGGAGCUUCUUCGCAACCCUCACUGGCAGCUGGAUGCUGACUAUUACAUCACCAAGAAUCUGAUACCGCCCCUGGAGCGGAUAUUCAACCUCGUCGGCGCCAACGUGAGACAGUGGUAUGACGCAAUGCCGAAAAUCCGGCGCAUCCAGCGAACUAAAGGGCACGGGGACAAGAAGCGGACUCUAGAUGCGUAUAUGCAGUCGAUAGACUGCAUGGUCUGCGGAAGAAAGGUUGACAGCUCUACUGAGAUGUCGUUGUGCGGCUUUUGCUAUGCGAGUGCGCCAGACUCGUUGCUGACGCUGCAAUCGAAGCUGGUAGCGAUAGAGCGCAAAUACGUCGAAAUACGACGCAUUUGUCAAGGCUGUGAAGGACUCGGCCCUCUGGAAGACGUUGCGUGCGACAGCCAUGACUGCCCCGUCUUCUGGACCCGCACAAGGCUCAGAAGCAAGAUGCAUCACGAACAAGUAGUGACGGAACCCUUGAUCCACGAGUUGCAUGCCAGGAUGGAAGACCUUUCUUUGGACUGGUAG